CGGGCGGGUGUUGGGAGUGUCAGGUCAGCGCGUGCGCAGUGGAGUGGCUGGGGGGUGGGCCUGGCGAGGGAAGCCGCUGGGAGUGGGAGCGCGAGGCAGGUGAGGCGCAACUCCUGGGCUGACCCCUGCCGCCCUCUCCCCAUCCCUCCGCUGCUACCAGAGACUGGCCAGCGGCGCCAUGUCUGGGCCGGGGAGCAAGCGGGCGGCUGGGGAUGGGGGAUCAGGGCCCCCUGAGAAGAAAGCCAACCGGGAGGAGAAGACGACCACUACCUUGAUCGAACCCAUCCGCCUGGGGGGCAUCUCCUCCACGGAGGAGAUGGACCUGAAGGUGCUGCAGUUCAAGAACAAGAAGCUGGCGGAGCGGCUGGAGCAGCGCCAGGCCUUUGAGGAUGAGCUGCGCGAGCGCAUUGAGAAGCUGGAGAAGCGCCAGGCCACAGAUGAUGCCACCCUGCUCAUUGUCAACCGUUACUGGAGCCAGCUGGAUGAAAAUGUGCAGGUCCUGCUGAGAGGCUAUGAUGGGGACUGCGAGCCCCCACCCCCUGCAGCCCCUUCUCCCCCCUCCGCAGAGGAACCCAGGCCAGAGCCAAUGGGACCGGACCCCGAGAACACAGUCAGCCCUAGUACUGAGGGCCCAGAUAGGACAGAAACGGCCCCACCUGUUGCGACCCCGUCUGCCUCCUGGAAGGCCGGGGGGCUCCUGCUGAACGAGCCGGCCUUGUCAUUCCUGGCCACGCUGGCCAGCAGCAGCAGCGAGGAGAUUGAGCUGCAGCUGCAGGAACGCAUGGAAUUCUCCAAAGCCGCCGUGUCCCGUGUGGUGGAAGUCUCCAACAAGAUCCACCGGCGCACGGAGGAGCUGUGCCAGAAGAUCCACGCCCGUGCUGACUUGGACCAUCUGGAUGAGGCGUUGAAGGCCUUGAACAAAGAGCUGAUGAGAGAGAAUCAGCGGCUGCAGGACUUGGCGAUGCAGCUGCAGGAAAAACACCACAAGAUCUCGCUGGAGUACACAGAGCUACAGGACAAGGUGACCUCGUCGGAGACCAAGGUGCUGGAGAUGGAGACGACGGUGGAGGAUUUGCAGUGGGACAUCGAGAAGCUGCGCAAGCGCGAGCAGAAGCUCAACAAACACCUAGCUGAGGCACUGGAGCAGGUGACCUGUCCCCGUACCCCAGGCUUCCCUCUCCUCAUCCGCCCAGGCCCCUUCCUGUGUCUCACUGCUCCCAGCUGGCCCUGUUGCAGCUGGAGCCAUAGUUUCUCCCUGCCAUCUGGGUCCCACUCCCGCUCUCCCCCUCAUCCCCUGUAUCUGGGGCUCGCUGCCACCUGUGCCCAUUCCUCAGACCACUUGGGAGGCCUGAUCGGCGAGGGGGUUGCUGACUUUCUUUCUGGCCUUUUGCAGCUGAACUCUGGUUACUAUGUGUCAGGCAGUUCCGGGGGCUUCCAAGGCGGGCAGAUCACACUCAGUAUGCAGAAGUUCGAGAUGCUGAACGCGGAGCUGGAGGAGAACCAGGAGCUGGCCAACAGCCGCAUGGCUGAGCUGGAGAAGCUGCAGCAGGAGCUGCAACAGUCUGUCAGGACCAAUGAGAAGCUCAAGGUGGCGCUGCGGUCGCUGCCCGAGGAGGCGGUGAAGGAGACCCUGGACUACAAGGUGCUGCAGUCGCAGUUCUCUCUGCUCUACAACGAGAGCCUGCAGGUGAAGACCCAGCUGGAUGAGGCGCGCGCCCUGCUGCUCACCACCAAGAACAGCCACCUGCGCCACAUUGAGCACAUGGAGAGCGACGAGCUGAACCUGCAGAAGAAGCUGCGCACGGAGGUGAUCCAGCUGGAGGACACGCUGGCCCAGGUGCGCAAGGAAUACGAGAUGCUGCGCAUCGAAUUCGAGCAGAACCUGGCCGCCAAUGAGCAAGCGGGUCCCAUUAACCGGGAGAUGCGCCACCUGAUUAGCAGCCUCCAGAACCACAACCAUCAGCUGAAAGGAGACGUGCAGCGAUACAAGCGCAAGCUGCGUGAGGUGCAGGCUGAGAUCAACAAGAUCCGGAUGCAGUCAAGCGGCUUCCCCUGCGGCUCAGCUGUUCUGCCCCCCGCACCUGGGCCGGAGGAGCCGGUGGGCGUGGCCCCGGCCGUGGUGGUGAAGGAGGAGGAGGGGGGCGCGCCUGCCCUAGAGGUGAAGAAGGAGCCGAAGGAGGCAGUGGCGGCUGUGGUGAAGAAGGAGGAGGUAGCGCCCUUGCCUGAAGGGGGGGUGAAGAAGGAGGAGGAGGAGCCGCUCCCACCGGCUCCCCAGCCGCCCCCCCCACCUCGUAUCAAGGAGCCGCCGGAGCGCCCCAAGGGGAGCCGCGGGGGGGACCGGGAGCGCUCGCGGGACCGCGACAGGGACGGCUCAGCUCGCGAGCGCGACCGGCAGAAGAGCAGCGAUGACCCCAAGAAGAAGGACUCAGACCUGCUCAAGCAGCUGCGCGUUGAGCUCAAGAAGGCCCAGGAGAGCCAGAAGGAGAUGAAGCUGCUGCUGGACAUGUACAAAUCAGCCCCCAAGGAGCAGCGGGACAAGGUGCAGCUCAUGGCCGCCGAGAAGAAGACCAAGGCCGAGGUGGAGGAGCUGCGCGGGCGGGUGCGGGAGCUGGAGGAGAAGGAGAAGAAGGAGAGCAAGAAGAUGGCGGACGAGGACGCCCUGCGCAAGAUCAAGCUGGCGGAGGAGCAGAUUGAGCACCUGCAGAAGAAACUGGCUGCUACCAAGCAGGAGGAGGAGGCCCUGCUGUCGGAGAUGGACGUGACGGGCCAGGCCUUCGAGGACAUGCAGGAGCAGAACAUGCGUCUCAUGCAGCAGCUGCGUGAGAAGGACGAUGCCAACUUCAAACUCAUGUCCGAGCGGAUCAAGUCCAACCAGAUCCACAAGCUGCUGCGUGAGGAAAAGGACGAGCUGGCGGAUCAGGUGCUGGCCCUCAAGUCACAGGUGGACGCCCAGCUGCUGGUGGUGCAGAAGCUGGAGGAGAAGGAGCGGGUGCUGCAGGGGAACCUGGGCACGGUAGAGAAGGAGCUGACCCUUCGUAGCCAGGCCCUCGAACUCAACAAGAGGAAGGCGGUGGAAGCGGCCCAGCUGGCCGAGGACCUGAAGGUGCAGCAGGAGCACGUGCAGUGCAAGCUGAAGGAGAUCCAGGCCUGCAUGGCCGAGAACCGCGCUGCCAAGGAGAAGGAGUCCUUCAACCUCAAGAGGGCCCAGGAGGACAUCUCCCGGCUGCGGCGCAAGCUGGAGAAGCAGAAGAAGGUGGAGGUGUACGCCGAUGCUGACGAGAUACUGCAGGAGGAGAUCAAGGAGUACAAGGCCAAGCUGACCUGUCCCUGCUGCAACACACGCAAGAAGGACGCGGUGCUCACCAAGUGCUUCCACGUCUUCUGCUUUGACUGCGUCAAGACGCGCUACGACACCCGGCAGCGCAAGUGCCCCAAGUGCAACGCUGCCUUCGGCGCCAACGACUUCCACCGAAUCUACAUCAGCUGAGCACCUGCAGUCCCCCUUCCCAGCCCAUCCCCUAGCCCUCCGUUCCACAGCUCCCCCUCCAGCAGCCACCGGGCGGUCCCCUCCCUCCUGCCCUCUGCAAUCCGCUCAGCAGGUGCUGCCAGGAUUCACUUGACCCAUCCCUGUGGAUUCCACCCAAGUGAUGCCUGAUCCCCUGAGGAUCUGCUCCUCCCCCAGGCUCUGCUCCGUGCUCACUCUGGGUUCUGCAGGGGGCUGGUCUCCUCCCUCUAAUAUUUGAACCCCGGUGAGAGCCCCGUUGUGCCGAGAGGAUGCCCUUGGGGGGUGAAGGCUCUCAGGGCAGCAGCUGACUGUGGGGGGAGGGCAGGACGGGGGGUGGGACGGGGACUGUUCAUUCUAUUUGGAUUUUAUUUUAUUUUUAAAUACUAUGUUUGGUUAUGUGGGAAAUAAAAAUUGGAGAGUCCCACCGGGGCCAGAUCCUCCA